GGCGCGGCGCGGAGGAUUCUGGGAGCGCCGGGGGAGGAAAUUGCCGCACUCUCUCCGGGACAGGGGGUUCGCUGCGCUUUUGGGUGAUUUCGGGAAUUAGGAGCCCCGGCGCCCGUUGCCAAGAUGUAUGACGCGGACGAGGAUAUGCAAUAUGAUGAGGAUGAUGAUGAAAUCACCCCAGAUCUGUGGCAAGAAGCGUGCUGGAUUGUAAUCAGUUCCUAUUUUGAUGAAAAAGGCUUGGUCAGACAGCAGCUGGAUUCUUUCGACGAGUUCAUUCAGAUGUCUGUCCAAAGAAUUGUGGAAGAUGCUCCCCCGAUCGACCUGCAAGCCGAAGCGCAGCACGCUAGUGGAGAAGUGGAAGAGCCGCCAAGAUACUUGCUGAAGUUCGAACAGAUCUACCUCUCCAAGCCCACCCACUGGGAGCGGGACGGCGCUCCUUCCCCCAUGAUGCCAAACGAGGCCAGGCUAAGAAAUCUCACGUAUUCUGCUCCACUUUAUGUUGAUAUAACCAAAACAGUCAUUAAAGAAGGGGAGGAACAACUUCAGACACAGCAUCAGAAAACUUUUAUAGGAAAAAUUCCAAUUAUGUUGCGUUCAACUUACUGCCUAUUGAAUGGCUUAACAGACCGUGAUCUUUGCGAGUUAAACGAAUGCCCCUUGGAUCCAGGGGGCUACUUCAUUAUUAAUGGAUCAGAAAAGGUUCUGAUUGCUCAAGAGAAAAUGGCAACAAACACCGUCUAUGUGUUUGCUAAAAAGGAUUCCAAAUACGCCUACACAGGAGAGUGCCGGUCCUGUCUGGAGAACUCUUCCCGACCCACCAGCACCAUAUGGGUCAGCAUGCUGGCGAGGGGGGGACAGGGUGCAAAGAAGAGUGCUAUUGGCCAGCGCAUUGUGGCGACCCUGCCGUACAUCAAGCAGGAGGUUCCCAUCAUCAUUGUGUUCAGAGCGCUGGGCUUUGUGUCUGACAGAGACAUCUUAGAGCACAUCAUCUAUGAUUUCGAAGACCCAGAGAUGAUGGAGAUGGUUAAACCUUCUCUCGAUGAAGCCUUUGUCAUCCAAGAACAGAACGUUGCUUUAAAUUUCAUUGGCUCACGCGGGGCAAAGCCUGGUGUUACUAAGGAGAAAAGAAUUAAAUAUGCAAAAGAAGUCUUGCAAAAAGAAAUGCUCCCUCAUGUUGGUGUCAGUGAUUUUUGUGAGACCAAAAAAGCCUAUUUCUUGGGGUAUAUGGUUCAUAGGCUGCUUCUAGCAGCUUUGGGUAGGAGAGAACUGGAUGACAGAGAUCACUAUGGAAACAAAAGGUUGGAUCUCGCAGGGCCGCUGCUUGCAUUCUUAUUUAGAGGUAUGUUUAAGAAUUUGCUGAAAGAAGUGCGAAUCUAUGCACAGAAGUUUAUUGAUCGAGGAAAAGACUUUAACUUGGAGUUGGCAAUUAAAACAAGGAUCAUAUCCGACGGCCUGAAGUACUCCUUAGCCACUGGGAACUGGGGUGACCAAAAGAAAGCUCACCAGGCCAGGGCUGGGGUGUCCCAGGUGUUGAACCGCCUUACUUUUGCAUCGACCCUUUCUCAUCUGCGUCGUCUAAACUCUCCCAUCGGUAGAGACGGCAAGCUGGCCAAGCCGAGGCAGCUGCACAACACGCUGUGGGGAAUGGUGUGUCCCGCCGAGACCCCAGAGGGGCAUGCGGUCGGACUGGUGAAGAAUUUAGCCCUGAUGGCUUACAUUUCCGUUGGAUCUCAGCCAUCUCCAAUUCUGGAAUUUUUAGAAGAGUGGAGUAUGGAAAAUUUAGAAGAAAUUUCUCCUGCAGCUAUUGCUGAUGCAACCAAGAUUUUUGUUAACGGCUGCUGGGUUGGAAUACAUAAAGAUCCCGAACAACUCAUGAACACUCUGAGGAAACUGAGGCGGCAGAUGGACAUCAUUGUGUCUGAAGUCUCUAUGAUCAGAGAUAUCCGAGAGAGAGAGAUCCGGAUCUAUACGGAUGCAGGCCGCAUUUGUAGGCCACUUCUGAUUGUGGAGAAACAAAAGCUGCUUUUGAAGAAGAGACAUAUCGACCAACUGAAGGAGAGAGAAUACAACAACUACAGUUGGCAGGACCUUGUGGCCAGUGGGGUGGUGGAGUACAUCGACACCCUGGAGGAGGAGACCGUGAUGCUCGCCAUGACCCCGGACGACCUGCAGGAGAAGGAGGUGGCUUACUGCUCCACCUACACCCACUGCGAGAUUCACCCGUCCAUGAUCCUCGGCGUCUGCGCCUCCAUUAUUCCCUUUCCCGAUCAUAACCAGUCCCCUAGGAACACAUACCAGUCCGCUAUGGGCAAGCAGGCUAUGGGGGUCUAUAUCACCAACUUCCACGUCCGCAUGGACACGCUGGCCCACGUGCUCUACUACCCGCAAAAGCCCCUCGUGACCACACGCUCUAUGGAGUACCUGCGCUUCCGCGAGCUGCCCGCAGGUAUUAACUCAAUCGUGGCCAUCGCCUCGUACACUGGGUACAACCAAGAGGACUCUGUCAUCAUGAAUCGUUCGGCUGUAGACCGAGGCUUUUUCCGGUCUGUUUUCUAUCGCUCCUACAAAGAACAGGAAUCUAAAAAAGGAUUUGACCAAGAAGAAGUUUUUGAGAAACCUACACGUGAAACAUGCCAGGGCAUGAGGCACGCCAUCUACGACAAGCUGGAUGACGAUGGCUUGAUAGCGCCCGGCGUCCGUGUGUCCGGAGAUGAUGUCAUCAUAGGCAAAACGGUUACCCUGCCUGAGAACGAAGACGAACUGGAGAGCACGAACCGGCGCUACACCAAGAGAGACUGCAGCACUUUCCUCAGGACCAGCGAGACGGGCAUCGUGGACCAGGUCAUGGUGACCCUCAACCAGGAAGGGUACAAGUUCUGUAAAAUAAGGGUACGUUCUGUAAGAAUUCCACAGAUUGGAGACAAAUUUGCUAGUCGGCAUGGUCAGAAGGGGACUUGUGGAAUUCAGUAUAGACAAGAGGAUAUGCCUUUCACCUGUGAAGGUAUCACUCCUGAUAUCAUCAUAAACCCCCACGCCAUCCCGUCCCGUAUGACGAUUGGUCACUUGAUUGAAUGUCUCCAAGGGAAGGUCUCAGCCAACAAGGGUGAAAUUGGUGACGCCACUCCGUUUAAUGACGCUGUUAAUGUGCAGAAGAUCUCUAACCUUCUCUCUGACUAUGGCUAUCAUCUCAGAGGAAACGAGGUCCUCUACAAUGGGUUCACUGGUCGAAAAAUCACAUCACAGAUUUUUAUUGGCCCCACUUACUACCAGCGUUUGAAGCACAUGGUGGAUGACAAAAUUCAUUCUCGAGCUAGGGGACCCAUUCAGAUCCUUAAUCGACAGCCCAUGGAGGGCCGAUCUCGUGACGGGGGCCUGCGUUUCGGAGAAAUGGAGCGAGACUGUCAGAUUGCGCACGGAGCAGCGCAGUUUUUAAGAGAAAGGCUGUUCGAGGCGUCCGAUCCCUACCAGGUUCACGUCUGCAACCUGUGCGGCAUCAUGGCGAUUGCUAACACCAGGACCCACACGUACGAGUGCAGGGGCUGCCGCAACAAGACCCAGAUUUCUCUGGUGCGAAUGCCUUACGCGUGCAAGCUGCUGUUUCAGGAGCUUAUGUCUAUGAGUAUUGCACCUCGAAUGAUGAGUGUUUAGCUCUUUUAAAAGGUUCUCAACAAGAUCCUUGUUUAUGUCUUGUUCCUAUGACAUGGCUUUGAAAAAAAAUGACAAGAUAGGAGUUCAGUCCCCAGCACCCCCCAAAAAGACACACUGUAAUGUAUUGCGGUAAAAAGCGUUUUAUUUGGUUUAGUGAUAUGUAUGCUUUUUUUUCUGUAAAUAGACAAUAAAUUUUUGUAGAUAGUG